GGGGGGGAGAGAAGACAGCACACGAAAUUUAUUGCGCGGCUCUGCCUCUCACGCCUUUUAUUCAAGAGCCCUCCCUCGGGUUUGGAAUUUCUUUUUCCAAUUCCGAAUUCUCCUGGUCAUUGGGCUCCCUGCGUGCGAUCCCCUCGUUCCAUCCUCGCCGGGCUCCUGCCAAUCUCCACUCGCGGCGUUUCCUUCGGCCUCGGAAGCGGAGGAGGAGAAGAAGAGAACUCCGGAGUUUAUCCAUUAAGAGGACUACUACAUUUGUUGGCUCUGUGAAAUUAGAUAAAAGAACUAGAUGGUAAAAUGAUAAUGAAUUUUUGACAGAGAAAAUGGUAGAAGACAAAAAAUCAUCACAAGAUACGGUACAGAUAGGUGGACAUGUCGUACUUCAGAAUAUUUCCUACGACAAGGAUGUUGUGGAGAUAAAAUUGCACGAUACUGUUGACUCUGUUAAUUAUGGUGGCAAUUUUGUCAAGGAUGUCUGUGUCGAUGAAGGGGCACUACUUCGUAGGAAGAUUUCAGAAGAAAAACCAGUAGAUAAAAGGUCAUUUCCGAAUUUCGGUUGUCAAAUGGUUGAUGCAAACAGUGAUAUAAGAUGUGGGAAGAAAGAUGAUGCUAGAAAAUCGGUACAAGAACUAAAACCAGAAGCGGUUGUACCAGUUGACCUUUUUCCUCCUGAUUGGAACAACGAGAAACGGUACACUUCUGACAAAGAGUAUGACCUUGAAGGCAGGAUUAGUAGUGGUUACAUUUCAGGUGAUCCCAGUGAUAAGAAAAUAAGUUUGCAAGAGCUACUUCGCCUUGAAAAUGAAGAAGAAUCCCGGCAUGCAGGCACAGUAAACUCCGAGAGCAGUGAAAAACAUAAGUGCCCUCUUCAUGAAGAAGCAGUUGGACAGGCUUCCAUAGAUCACUGUCAUGAAGUUCAAGCUCUUGCUCCCGAAAUCAGUGAGGAAGUCAUUGAUGGUCUAUCAAGUAAGGACAAUACCAGUGGUUGCGCUGCAAUGAUGUUUGAAGACCAUGACGCAGCUCCAGCAUUAGAUGUGAGAGGGCCAAACAAAAUUGAUCGUUACAACCCUUUGAUUGAUCAUAGGUCACUAGAGGAUAGAUCGGAACCUGAGUGCUCUAUACCAGCAAUCACAGAUGCUGCUUCCACAGAACCCAUAUGCACUGUUGACAAGACUGAUAUCUUUAGGGUAAGUGGCUCCACAGGAUUAGAUGAAGUCAAAACAGCUGAAACCGGAGUGGAUGCUGUGAGUUCAAGUAAUUCUGACAUUCAAUCAUCUGAAAAGAGCAAUGAUCACAGUGAAAGUAUUGCUUGCAAGGCAAUCCCAGGUGCAGUGGAUGAAACUGCAGUUGCUACAUCUUCAUCACCUAACAAUACUGAUCCUACUGAUGCAGAUGGGCAGAAUCAAGAAAAAUGUGCGAUUGACGCUGUUGCUGAUGCGCAUGAUUCCAAUCAGAUAGAUGAGGAGCAUUGCAUAGACACAGACGAUGCAGCCAGUAAGAGUUGUAGCCUUGCGCAGGAUGAUAUUGCGGUUGAACUGACUGCGCCUGAAAGUUCAACAGGUCGCAUUGGCAAUGACAAUCCCUUUGAACCGAGCUUCUUUGGUCCCAGUAUCAUGUCAGGCCCAGUGUCGAUCUCCGGUCAUAUAGCGUAUUCUGGCAACAUCUCUAUUCGGUCAGAUAGCACAACAACUAGCACCCGGUCCUUCGCAUUUCCAGUGUUGCAGAGGGAGUGGAUCAGCAGCCCGGUGAGGAUGGCGAAGGCGGAACGCAGGCGUUCCAGACGGCGCCGUGGCUGGAGGAAAGGACUCAUCUGCUGUAAAUUCUGAGUAUGGUCGCCCUCGCACCUUCUCCUGCGGAAUUCAGCUCCUUUCAUGGUGCGCACAAGAAAAAAUCCUUGGGGCAUGUUUGGAUUGUUGGUAUUUCGUUGGAAAGUUUGGGAUCGAAGUGCAAAUUUGAGCUAAAUAUUAUAAAUUACAGCGAAAUACCACCCAUCCAUACACCCCUUGGAUUUCCUCAUUUGCGCGCUAUACCCUGCUUCUUAAUUUACUCUGGAGCAGGGUAAUGCAUGGCUUGUGUAGUAGUUUUUAUGGUGAGGAGUGAAAAGAAAUGGAGGUAUAUAGCUGUAGCGUAGCGAUCGUGCUUGGUAGAGGUGCUUUAGAUGUACAUCCUUGGUGGAUUAAUUUUCUUUUGAGGCAAUGGUGGAUUUUUUUUUUUUGAGGCAAUGGUGGAUUAAUUUGUUCUA